AUGCAUCUCAGAGCUUCGGAUGCAAUAAUCCAUGGUAAGGAGAAGGUAAAAAAACAGUACGACAAGAAUAUAAAACCCCUACUAUUGGAACCAGGAGAUUGGGUUUGGAUUAAGAAUCAAGGAAGAGAUCGUCUGGGAGCAUUAGUAAAACCAUAUCUAGGGCCCUACCAAAUUAAAGAAUUACAAGGAGACAUUAAAAUACGCCAACAUGUCUUCUAUUCUAGAUUCGCCAUCGCCCUCCUCUGGCAACCAGGCCUAACGGACGAAGACCGACUAACUGUCACCCAGUUAACGAAUUUACCCAACAUCCACUUUGAUCCUAUGGGCACCACGAGAUUAUACCACAAGCAAUGGAAGACAAUCCUGUACAUCGACCUCAGGGAUGUUAAAACAAUAGAACUCCAAAUAAAAGAAGCCUUGAGACACUCAUUUCUAGAGUCAGGUAACAAAGUGACACACUUCACCCUGGAACAUAUGAAAGAAAGGUUUCAAAGGGGGGUUGGAUAUAAACAUAUAUUAUUAAGUAGCUUAGGAUAUAGAAAAACUAAUUAUAAUGAACAUAAUAGGAUUAAGCGCGGAUGGUUAAACCCCAUCGGUGAGGUAGCAAACAUUUUAUUCGGUACACUUAGCAGUAAAGACGCAGAGUAUUAUAAUAACGAAAUCGACAAAUUAUAUGCGAAUAAUAAACGAAUUAAUACACUAAUUGCUAAUGAAACUACUAUUGUUAGAAGUAUGCUAAAGAAUAUGAAUGCGUUUGAUAGUAAGAUUAAUAACUAUGUAGAACAAUUAACGAAUACAACUAAUGAUAAUUUAUAUAGACUAAACAAACGCGAGAUAGUCUUGGAAUCCUUGUUACAACUAAAUGAAAUUAUAUCAGAACACAACGAAUUAAUCAGUAAUUUGCGUAAUAUUGUUGUAAACGGAGAACAAGGAAAAAUCGAUCCCUUACUAGUCGAACCGCGACAGUUAACACAAAUACUGAAAACAAUUGAACAAAAGUACGGUUCCAAUAGAAUGAUAUUUCCAAUCACAGAUGAGUAUGCAUAUAGAUUUCUCAAGUCAGCAUCAAUCAAUGUAUUUGUGUUAUCAUCAUAUAAACUUUGUUUCGAAAUAAGAUUUCCUAUUUUAGAAGAAGAAAUUUACAUUUUAUAUCAAAUGGUACCGAUACCGCAACUAACUAGCGACUACAUAUACUUAUUAAAUACAAUAGAACGAUACAUACUAAUUGAAAAAAAUACACGACACUUUACGUAUAUGUCAGACACCGAUGUAACCAACU